CCCGGAUGCAGUGCCCGCGCCUCUGCCCAGUGGCUGCGGCGGCGACCUCCGGCGAUGGCGCGGCGCGGCGGCUCCCGAGGGCUCGGGGUGCUGGGCGCGGGGCUUGGCGCGGCGCGGCGCGACGGCAGGGCUUUGGGGCUGUGAUGGCUGGGGCCCCGACCACCUUGACUGGGACCUGAGGGCCUGACCCCAGGCUCACCUCCUGUCCUCCUUGCUGGCCGACCACAAGUCCUGGAGGGCACAGGACGCGCCCCAGAUGCAUAGAGGCUGAGUCACCCAGCCAGCAGGGCCCCUUGGGAACCCAGGCCAUGGCUGCCACCCACCUGUAAAGGAAGGGUGGGCACCCACUGUCCUGAGAAGUUGAGGCCUCCUGGAAUCUUAUGAACCCCAUCUUUGAGCCCCGCCCCAUGGCUCCACCCGUCCGCAGGAGGGAAAAGGCCUGCCAGUCGCCCAGCUCACAGGCACUGGGACCUAGCCCACAGGACGAGAGGACAGCCUGCCGCCAUCACUACUUCAGGCCAGGCCAUGGAUCCCCAUGAGAUGGUCAUCAAGAACCCGUACACCCAUAUCAGCAUCCCCCGGGCUCACCUGCGGCCCGACCUGGGGCCGGGGGAGGCUUCCCGCUCAGAGCUACCGCCUCUGCCUGUGGGGUCCUGCGCCCCAGAGCCCAUCUGCCUCCUGCGGCCCACUGAUGAGCUCCCAGGGCCCAAGGGCACAGAGGGGGCCUGGCAGCGCCCAGCAGGGCUGGGCUGUGCCAGCCAGCCACCUGUGGGGCACGGGGAUGACAUCGCCCACCAUUGCUGCUGCUGUCCGUGCUGUUCCUGCUGCCACUGUCCCCGCUUCUGCCGCUGUCACAACCGCUGCUGCUGUGUCCUGUCCUAGCCCAGCCCAGGGCCCUGCUCCAGCGGCCACGUGCGGGUGUUGCCACUUCCCACCUGGCGGGGCACCUACCCACCAAGCCGACAGCUCAGCCGGGGCCCCAAGCAAGAGCCCGGGGCCGUGAUAGCAGCCCCAGGGACACCCUUGACCACCUCCUUCAAGGCCCAGGACCCAGGCAAUAAAGCGGAGCAAACUUUGUG